GAAAUAUGAGGUGCGAUAAACCAAUGGUAUGUCAACAAAAAGAAGCUUGCAAAACACAGGUGCCAUGUUCAAAAACUCGUUUUCUGCAUAAAAUAACUUUCGGUAUAUCUUUAAAUUUGGAGACGCUUUAGCAAAAAUAUGCUGCAAAUGGAAGUUAACGAAGAUGCAGAGGUUACCAACUAUGAAAGUAAAAGUGAAUUUCGCAAUUUAAACUUAUACAACUUUGCAUUAAAAUAUGUGGCGAAAAAUCUAUUUCUGUUUACAAACACAAUACACUUAAUUCCAGCUCCAAACUUCAGAGAUGUUUUAAAUAAGGCUGUGGAGUUCAAACUUUGUCAAAAUUUACAGAGGCAAAUAUCUAAUCUUGAUUUGUUGGAAAAAGUUUUACAAAAUUCCAGUUAUUGGGGAACUCUUCACAAAUGUAUUCAAAUAAUUCUAACCAAAGAAAAAGACUUUGGUUUUUUUCUUGCCAGUCAAAAAGUAACACAGUAUUCAUUUUUAAAAAAUAUGGUAUCAAAUGGAAAAAGAAACAACCAGGAUGUUUAUCGAUAUGUACAUCAAGCCAUUAAGUUAGCUUCUUUCUUUUGUGAAUGUGGCAUGUAUAGUUGUGCAGAAAUGAUAUACACCUGCAUUGAUGUUGUUGAUUUAAAUGGAAAUAUGAAUAAUGAGCAGAUGCUGAUUGCAUUUGAAGUUUCGUUAAGAAUGGCAUACACAUCUACGCUAGAUUGUAAAUUUGACGAUGCCAACAAAUCAAUAAUAAAUGCCUCUGUUUUGUUGACAUACCUUCAAAAUGCUCAGUUUAAGCCAAAUUGUGCAUUGUUUUAUACCAUUUGCAGUAUGUAUAUGUUCUCAAUAUCACAAUAUGACAAGGCAUACAAUUUAGCUAUACAGGCUGUUCAAGAGCUGGACUCCAGACUGUCUCCUAAGGUCAUUGUUGAUACUCUUAGGCAAGCAUGUAAGGCCUGUAUUAUAAAGCGUUACUUUCCUCAAGCUUGUGUUUAUGCGAAAGAGGCUGUCAGACUUGCAAAACAUUGGUAUGGUAUAAAACAUCCCAAGUAUGCUGAUACCUUGUCUGAUUAUGGUUUUUAUUUGUUAAGUGUAGACUCUGUCAGUAAUGGCGUCAAGUAUUACCAAAAUGCUUUGGAGAUUCGUACAGAACUAUUCGGCGAAAACAAUAUUAUUACUGCAAUCACACAUGAAGACCUAGCAUAUGCUGUCUAUGUUCGAGAUUACAGUCAGGGCAAUUUUCAUGAAGCAAGGAGCCAUGCAGAGCAAGGACUUCGUGUUCUCACCACGCUCCUACCGAAAGAUCAUCUUCUACUCUCUUCUUCAAAACGAGUACAAGCAUUGAUCUUAGAAGAAGUUGCCAUUGAUACUGGAGACGAAGCUGAGGAGAAACGGCUUUUAAAUUGCGCUGAAGAAUUACAUAUAGAUUCUCUUCGAUUAGCCAGGAAAACAUUUGGUGAAAGCAAUGUCCAAACAGCGAAACAUUAUGGGAAUUUGGGACGAUUAUAUCAGAGUAUGAAAAAAUAUAAGGACGCAGAAAUCAAUCAUUUGAAAGCCAUCGAAAUCAAAGAGAAUCUUUUAGGCGCAGAGGAUUACGAAGUUGCUUUGUCUAUCGGUCAUCUUGCAUCAUUGUACAACUAUGAUAUGGAAAAGUAUGACCAAGCUGAGGGACUUUAUUUGAGAUCUAUAGCAAUAGGUCGCAAGUUAUUUGGUGGAUGGUAUAGUGGGCUGGAGUAUGAUUACAGAGGUUUAGUUCAUUUGUACGCAAAUACUGGAAAUUUCAACCAAAUGUCGUCGUUUCAAAUGAAGUUAGCCGAAUGGAAAGACGAGCGCGAGGACGUCCUAUCGUCACGUCACGUCGACGUUGAUUUGAACUUUGAUUGCGAACCUUCUGUAGAACAAGUGCUAAGUUCAAUCAAAGCAAACGCAAACUCCAAACAACCAUGUGGAAGCUAAUUCAAUGUCAAGGUGGUAUGCAGUCUAAUAACACCCGUUUACUUGCCGACGUUUUGGAAAAAGCCCGAUACGCCCUGUGGUGAGAAGCGUUUUUCUGCAAUACAAUUAAUUGCCGUUGAAUUUCGCGCCCUUGGCGUAAAAUAUGAAAUAUGCGGUAUUUUAUUAUCGCAAUAAGUAUAAGAGUUUUUUAAACGUAGUCUUGUUUGACCUAACGUUCAAAACUUUUAUGAAAGUCAAUUUGCAACUAUUGGCUCAUUCUAAGGCUAAUUACCCAAAUUUUUGACUGCUUUCAAGAGGACGUGGCGGUAGCGGAAUAAUUGAGAAGCCUUUUGCCGGUUAAGCCUAGUCUACACCAUGAAUAUACAAAAAGAGCAGAACUAUUAUAGCACGCUAGUACACUGUCCAUUAAAUUACUUUCUUCCUAACUAAAUUAAAAUAAUUUACAGAUAUUGUUGUUAGACAUGACUUUCCAUCCAAAUAAAAUAAAAUAAAUUUUUCUUAGGGUUUUGAGUGUACACGUGACCUUCUCUAUAUACACACCUUUAGAAAAACGUUCGAAAAAAUGUGUCGUCUCCUAUAAUUUUUAAACAAAGUUAAAUACUGCAUAGUUCAGGAGGAUUAAUAUUAGCUAAAACAGGAGGAAAAUCUGUUUGGAAACCAUUUCGAUACCUGUGUCAACGAACAAUUUUACAGUCAGAAUUUUUAUUUAAAAAUUUAUAUAAUUAAAUAUUGUAUAUAUUAGCUAUUUAGAUUUCUUUGUAUAUACGCAUUAUUCUCUCUUUAAAUUACAAUCUAUAGCAUAAAGUUUAUCGUAACAUAUGUUCUGUUUAUAUACGUACUAUAUAAGGUGUUGCAUAUAUUUUGUGUUUUGCAGUACACUUUGAUAGUAAACUGUUAAAUAUAUAUAGUAUAGAUAACGUACGGCAUAUAUAUACGCUGUGCUUGUAACUAUACAUAUAUCGGUUGUGUAAAGAUCACGUAUACACACUCUGUAUAAAAUCAGGUAUAUAUAAUACUGUAUAUAUAUACGGCUUGCGACUAUAUAGGUGUGUAUAUUACAUGUGCGUCUAUCUAGUACAUAUGUAUCAUUUAGUUUUGUAAAGAUAUGUUUAUAAUAAAACUUGCAGUAUCAAAGAA